AGAGCAGAAGGAGCCUGUCUGACUCUGUGACGGUGUAUGGCUUUGUGCGUCUGUCUAUCGCGGUAAUCCAAAUGCGUACAAGCGCUCACUUAUCGCAUACGCAGUACGCUGCACAAUUCUGGUUCUUCAACCAAUCAACCUCCCAUCAUGAUCGUUUCGGUCCUUCCGCGUGAAUGUUUAUUUCUUAAUUAUCAGUCCUCCCGUGCGAUUCUUAUAAGUUUUUCUCUCCUCAUUCUGGAGCUUUACUUUUCUGCAAAAUGUCUGAUGUUUUAGUGGAAGACAGCGGCACAGAUGCGCCCUGCUUUUUCCAUAAUCUCCCCGAGGAAUCUGUGCUGCGCAUCUUCACGUUGCUGGAUAUCAUCGAGCGCACCAACUGCGCGGUGGUGUGCAAGCGAUGGGCCACCAUCAGCGAGGACCCCCGUCUGCAGCACACCGUCAUCUUCGAUCUGACGAAAUGGGAGACCUACCAUCCGCUGUCGCUGCUGCCGCUGCCACCCCGCUCCGAGGCAGACGCGCGCCGUGAAGCGGCCAAAGUAGAGAAGGAAUGGCGUCGACAGCUGCUGCAGCGUUUUUGGACGGCCAAGACCCGCCACGUCAUCUUCCGCCGCCCACCGGGGACCCCCGCGCCCUCCGAGUGCUGGAUCAAAAUGGCCAUCCAGGAGGGCGGCGACGGGGGGCAGGAAAUGGCCGUCGGCUGGCAUUAUUUGUGGGGCAAUAUCUACCACGCCCUGCUGGCCAUCAAGGAGCUGCUGCCCGCCGCGCCCGCGGGCGGUGAGCAUGACGCCCGCGGCGAGUGUCUGGUGACGGUGCAGAAUGUCCACAUGCAGACCGGGGAUCUCAGUGACCUGUUGCCGGGAUAUGUCAAGACGGUGCAUCUGGAGAAUGUCGUCAUGCGCUGCUACUUCUACACGGGAUUUUUCCAUCCACGUGCCAAACCACCGCAGGUGACGCUGAGUGUGCCGGUGGAAAAAGCCGUGCUGGUGCGCGAGAACGGUGUGUGGCCAUGGACCGAGGCACCGGCUCCUGACUUCACCGCGCUUCUCACAGAAAUCCGGCGUGGUAAUCUGGAGCACUUCAGCCGCUUCCUGCCGGAUUCCAUGACCGCCGACGAGGAGAACUUCCUGGAAGGCAAACUGCAGUCAGAGGAGGCCAUUGGCUGGAUUCUGUCCCGUUUCCUCAAAAAGGGUGUGCAGCUGCUGGGCGAGGAGGAGGUGUAUCCCUUGGCGCCCAUCAAUUCCCUGGGACUAACGCUGGAGAAGAUUCGGUCCUUUCCCCGCUGGCUGCAGUAUCUGAUGGUGGAGCUGCUGAAAGACCCGUCCCUCGCGAUUUUGCCCAAUGAGUAAAGUGGUAGCGGAGUUAACUGCAAGUUUUUACUGAGAAGCGGGUCUCGUGUUGUCCGGUGCAUAGGUUCCUAAACAUUGCCUUGGUAAAGUUGCUAAUUUUCUUGAGACGAACAGCGUAAUUCCGAUUUUCUAAACGAUUUUUUAAUUGGUGUGCCCUUAACCGCUUGCAAAAACAGAAUAAUUUAUA